AUGAAUAAAAACUACAUUCAAGUGGUUAAAGUUACAACUUGUAACUGGUUCGAAACGGGUAGAACAGGAAUGACGGAGAGUGCUCUCAAGCCAACCGAAAGAAUAUGUGGUAAGGAAGUUAAUCCAAAACGUGAUAAAAGGCAGCAAAGGGUGUUGGACUGCAGCUGCAAUUCAAAUUAUGAAGAUUUUUGGGGAACCAACUGCUCCCUGUUUGUCGAUCCAUCCAAUGGACCAAAGAAUGGUGAACCAACAAACCCAGUCCACUCCCUGGUCAAGAGGGUGUCUGAUUUCUUUCACCCUGUAGGAUUAUCACUAAUAAAGAUGUUAGAAAAUUGUUUAAUGUACGUAAACAAACCAACAGUGGAACUUGAUGUAACUUGUUUCCUGGGAGAGCAUGAACUACGUUUUAGGGGUCACAAUGAAGCAAGUGGAUCCGCCAAUCAAGGAAAUUACAUGGACCUUCUAAGUUUUUUAGCAAAAUACGAUGAUACCCUAAAAAAUCAUUUUUUUGAUACGACAACUUUUCGAGGUACCUCAAACAGAAUCCAAAAUUAUUUAAUUAAAUGCACUGCCGACGUUCUGAUGGAUCACAUUAAAAGUGAAAUUAAAAAAGCACCUUUCGUAUCAAUUGCGCUUGAUGAUACCACAGAUGUAGCAAAGUUAAGUCAAAUAUCCAUUGUUGUGCGAUAUGUAUUGGAUGGCAUUCCUCAAGAGCGAUUCUUAGGAUUUUUGGAUGUCACUAGCGAACGAACUGCAGAUGCAUUGUUUAAAAUUGUUUGUGGCAUUAUUUCAAGUUAA